AUGUCUCUUCCUAACAUCCAAAAGAACAUUGUCGAUUGCUUGCUGAGUGGUGUGAGGGAAGGUCUUGUAUAUGUCACACUUGUGGAAGAAAGCAUUAAUAUUACCUAUGAUCAGAUAAGCAUUCAAAAGGCGUCUAAAAAUUUGCGGUUAGAAGUUGAAGUAUACCACAAAUGGUUAGGAAACAAGCUACCAAAAUAUGCUCCUAAAGCAAAUACAGCUGGACAGAUUCUUCAAUGGUUGAGGCAUACAGGCCAGGUUAGCCAAGAAGAACUAUUUGCAGAAUUAUUAUCAAUGAUUGCUGACAUUUUGGCUGUUUGUCUCACCAACUUACCCCAAGUCAUAGCAAUGAAAUGUCACACAAGUGUCAUAGAGAAAAGGGAGGCAAGUGUGUAUGCUGCAGCCCAACUUCUUGGUGAGACUAUGCAGAUAAUUAACACCCUUCAAGAUCGAGAACUUCCAAGCUUGAAUCCAAACGACAUGGCGUUUAUUGACAAGUGGCGUUCUUACUUAAAGGAUCCUUUUCCUUAA